CAACUUGAUCCCAUAACUUCGACCACAGGGAGGUUUCUCUUUUUAAUCAAUCGCCCCUUUUCUUUCCUUUCUUUUUAUUUUUUGUGAAACUUCUCUACUGAGGCGGUGAUUGCUUCCAGUAGCUAUCUCUACUUGCUCUUCUAUCGCUCCUUUGUUCACCUAUUUCCUCUUCUCUUCUACAAAUCGCUUGGUGUAACCAGGGCACUGCUAUCUGACCCCUGAGCUUACGGCCAUCUUCAAUCAUGGCUCGAAGCUCCACGCCGCAGGGCAGUCUGCGACAGAGGGGCGCACCAUCAAAGAAGCCCUCCGAAGAAGACUCUUUCAAUCCUAAUAUCGAGCUUGAUAAGCUUGCCAAGGCUGGUGCUCAGCGAGCCGCUGCCCAGAGCGAGACCGAGUACAAGAUUGGCCUUUUCCUCAUCACCAUCUUGUCCUUCGUUACUCGAUUCUGGGGUAUCAGCCAUCCAAACGAGGUUGUCUUUGACGAGGUGCACUUUGGAAAGUUCGCCUCAUACUACCUCGAGCGAACCUACUUUUUCGACGUCCACCCUCCCUUCGGCAAGCUUCUGUUCGCCUUUGUCGGCUGGCUCGUUGGCUACGAUGGUAACUUCCACUUUGAGAACAUCGGCGAUUCCUACAUUGCGAAUAAAGUUCCUUAUGUCGCGUACCGAGCUCUCCCCGCUACACUUGGUGCUUUGACUGUCUCGGUCACAUAUCUCAUCAUGUGGGAAUCUGGUUACAGUCUGCCCGCUUGCAUCCUCGCCGCUGGUCUUGUCCUCCUCGAUAAUGCCCACAUCGGCCAGACCCGACUCAUCCUCCUAGAUGCGACUUUGGUCCUCGCCAUGGCUUGCAGUCUCCUCUUCUACAUCAAGUGGUACAAGCUCCGACAUGAGCCUUUCUCCCGAAAGUGGUGGAAGUGGCUCAUCCUCACCGGAUUCGCUCUGUCUUGCGAUAUCUCGGUCAAGUACGUUGGUGUGUUUGCCUUCGUUACCAUUGGCUCUGCCGUUGUCAUCGACCUCUGGGACCUCCUCAACAUCAACCGACCUGGCGGUGCCAUCAGCCUGCAGGAAUUUACUAAGCACUUUGCCGCUCGGGCUUUUGGUCUGAUCAUCAUGCCUUUCUUGUUCUACCUCUUCUGGUUCCAGGUUCACUUCGCGGUUCUCUACCGAUCCGGUCCUGGUGAUGAUUUCAUGACUCCUGAAUUCCAGGAGACCCUGAGCGACAACGUUAUGCUGGCCAAUUCCAUCGACAUUCAGUACUAUGAUCAGAUCACAAUUCGGCACAAGGAGACCAAGACGUACCUUCACAGUCACGAGGACCGUUACCCUCUCCGAUACGAUGAUGGCCGUGUUUCGUCCCAGGGCCAGCAGAUUACUGGUUACCCUUACAACGACACCAACAACUACUGGGAGAUCCUGCCCGCCAAUAACGAUAAGCAGAUGGGCCGCAUUGUCAAGAACCACGAACUGGUUCGCCUUCGUCACGUCGGAACCGACAAGAUUCUACUCUCCCACGAUGUCGCUUCUCCUUACUACCCCACCAACCAGGAAUUCACUGCUGUUACUCCCGAGGAGGCUUUUGGCAAGCGUGAGAAGGACACGCUUUUCGAGGUCCGGAUCGAGCACGGCAAGAAGAACCAGAACUUCAAGACUGUCGCUGGCCACUUCAAGCUCAUUCACAACCCCAGCAAGGUUGCCAUGUGGACUCACACUAAGCCUCUCCCUGAAUGGGGUUACAAGCAGCAGGAGAUCAACGGUAACAAGCAGAUUGCGCCCAGCUCCAACGUCUGGAUCGCCGAGGACAUUCCUUCUCUACCUGCUGAUCAUCCUCGUCGCCAGAAGCCUGAGCGCAAGGUCAAGUCUCUGCCCUUCCUCCAGAAGUGGUUCGAGCUCCAGCGUGCCAUGUUCUACCAUAACAGCAAGCUUACCAGCAGCCACCCUUAUGCUAGCCACCCUUACCAGUGGCCUUUCCUGCUCCGUGGUGUGAGCUUCUGGACUCAGAGUGAGACGCGCCAGCAGAUUUACUUCUUGGGCAAUCCCGUUGGCUGGUGGCUCGCUAGCAGUCUUCUCGCUGUUUAUGCCGGUAUUCUUCUCGCUGAUCAGGUAUCUCUGCGCCGUGGUGUUGACGCUCUCGAUCGCCGUAAGUCUGGUCGAAAUACAUGUUCAGGAUUGAUUUAAUAACGAAAUUUUAGGAACUCGAUCGCGCUUGUAUAACUCUACCGGUUUCUUCUUCCUUGCUUGGGCUACUCAUUACUUCCCUUUCUUCCUCAUGGGACGACAACUUUUUUUGCAUCACUACCUUCCAGCUCACCUUGCUUCUUGUCUUGUUGCUGGCGCUCUUCUUGAGUUCAUCUUCAACUCUGAAGCUCCUGAGGAGGUCACUAUCAAGGACAAGAAGGGACCUGUUGGCCCCAGGCACCAUGUCACUGCUCGUGAGCGCUUCGCCGGCCAAAGCAUGCUCGGUGCCUGGAUUGCCUGUGGUGCCAUUCUGUCUCUGAUCAUUGCUGGCUGGUACUUCUUCCUGCCUCUCACCUAUGGUUACCCUGGGCUCUCCGUCGAUGCCAUUCUCCGAAGGAAGUGGCUAGGAUAUGACCUUCAUUUUGCCAAAUAGACGGUGAUAGGGUGAUUCGACCAAUCUUGAGUCUGAAGAUUCUUGAGUCGACGAAUUUCAAGUGGAUAUACCACUGGCAUUUUUUCCAUGAGAUCAGGGUCGAGUUAAUGAAGGCGCCAUCACACUGAUCAUGACAAGAUUAGGUAGUUAUGGGAUAUACCGGGUCGACGGGGGUUUGACCAUGAGUGCCAGACAAAACCAAUCUCAUUUAUCUCUAUAUGAUAGAAUACGUGAAGGAAGAUGUGUAACCUAUUGAAAGCAUAGAGAAAC